AUGAGUGCAAUUUUUAUUUUAUUUUAUUUUUUAGGAGUCUAUGUAUUAAGCUUACUCAUAGUUUUAGUACUAAAAUUAUUUGUAUUAACAUUUAUAAUUAAUUUAACAGACUAAAAAAUCUAAGCCCCUAAUCUUGGAAUAUGGUGUUUCUGUUAGUGACGCUGUUUGGUCACACUUAUUUAACCGGCUCCAUUUCGCGAACAAAUUAUUUAAUUUAUUCUUGUUAAAGCGUUCAAAAUGAAGCUCGCUCCGACUGUUAAACUGAACAAUGGCUAUGAGAUGCCAAUUCUGGGCCUGGGCACCUACAAUCUAAAGAAAUCUCGCUGUGAGGCUGCAGUGCGCCACGCCCUAGAACUGGGUUAUCGUCAUAUAGACACCGCCUAUCUGUAUAGGAACGAAAGUAUUAUAGGCAAGGUAUUGGGCCAAUUUAUAGGCGACAGGAAAAUAAAGCGAGAACAGGUGUUUCUGGUCACAAAGCUCUGGGACAUAUACCACGAACCCCAGAUGGUGAAAUACGCCUGCGAACUGCAAUUAAAGCUACUGGGCGUGGACUAUAUAGAUCUAUACCUGAUGCACUCGCCAGUGGGUGUGCCAUAUAUAUCAGAUGACGAUCUGAUGCCCCAUCUGAAUGGCGAACUAAGGACAAACGAUGUGGACUAUUUGGAUACCUAUAAGAGCAUGGAGCAACUGGUGGACCUGGGACUUGUACGCAGCCUGGGAUUGUCCAACUUCAAUGCCAAGCAAUUGGAGAGAUUGUUGGAAAGUUGCCAAAUCAAACCUGUUGCUCUUCAAAUCGAAUGCCAUCCGGAAUUGGUGCAAAUCCCAUUGAUAGAGCUCUGUAAAUUGCACAACAUCACCGUGGUCGCCUAUUCGCCUCUGGGUCGUCCUAAGACCUGCAGACCUUUACCCGAAUACUACGAUGAUCCUAAAGUUUUGGCCCUGGCAGAAAAAUACGGCAAGACACCCGCACAAAUCGUACUCAGAUACUUGAUCGACAUUGGCACCGUGCCGAUUCCAAAAGCUGCCCAGCAGGUUCAUCUUAUCGAAAACCUUGAUGUCUUCGAUUUCCACUUGACCCAAGGGGAGUUGCUCCAAAUGGGGUCUUUCAAUCUGGGCCGAAGAAUCUGGAAGUUUGAGAAAGCUAAGAAUCAUCAGUACUAUCCUCAUUAGUAAAAGGGAUAUAGAAAUAAGGUUUACUUAAUAACUUUAAAAACUUAAGGUAAAAUCUUUUUCGGAAUCUUCAGUAAAAUACAUCAUUAAAAUUAUUAUUUUGCAAAUGUUAUAUUACAGUAGUUAUAGAUUUACUUACAAAGUAUUUUAGUUUCACAUUUUCGUUUAAUUUUAAGAAACAUUUCCUUAAUAAACAACAUAUCAUACUAUCAAUACCAUUAAUUGAUAUUUUAGGAUAACUAAAAAUUCUAAGUUCUUACCUGAGGA